AUGGUUCAGAAAACUCCAUGUAUCCUUCUUCCUUUUGCUCUCCUCUUUCUUGAAUUCAUCUUAUUUUCAUCAUUAGCCAAACCAAUUCCAACCACAUUCGUCAACGUCUUAACCUACGGAGCUAAACCAGAUGGUUCAACAGACUCAACCAAAGCCUUCUUAGCCGCGUGGCACGUCGCAUGUACCUCUGCUAAUCCUACAACUAUUAUCGUACCAAAAGGACGGUUCUUGGUCGGAAACCUUGUUUUCCAAGGCAACAAGUGUACGGAUGCUCCAAUAUCUAUUCGUAUAGCCGGUUCAAUAAUUGCUCCGGAAGAUUAUAGAGUUAUCGCAAGCUCAGAACAGUGGAUUUGGUUCGAGGACGUUACUGAUGUUUCAAUCUACGGUGGAGUACUUGACGCGCAAGGUACUAGUUUGUGGAAAUGCAAGAACAACGGUGACGGAAAUUGCCCUAACGGUGCCAAGACUUUGUUAUUUACUGGGUCGAAUAACAUCAUUAUCAACGGUCUAACGUCGAUCAACAGCCAGAGAUUCCACAUAGUUAUCGAUAAUAGCAAUAACGUGAACAUUGACGGCGUUAAGGUUUCUGCUGAUGGAAAUAGCCCUAAUACCGAUGGGAUUCACAUCCAAUCAUCUCACUCAGUCCAUAUCACCAACUCGAGAAUAGGAACCGGAGACGAUUGCAUCUCCAUCGGUCCAGGAUCCACUUAUGUCAUCAUUCAAAACAUUCAAUGCGGUCCAGGGCACGGUAUUAGUAUCGGAAGUCUUGGGAGAGUAGAGGAAGAACAAGGAGUGGAGAACGUAACGGUGAGUAACGUGGAUUUCUUGGCAACGGAAAACGGAGUAAGGAUCAAAACAUGGGGUAAAACUAGCAAGAGUUUUGCUAGAAACAUCGUUUUCCAACAUAUUAAUAUGAAGAUGGUCAAGAACCCGAUCAUUAUAGACCAGCAUUAUUGUCUUGACAAACCUUGCCCUAUACAGGAAUCUGGAGUUGAAGUAUCAAAUGUGAGAUAUGAAGAUAUACGCGGGACUUCUAAUACGGAAGUGGCGAUUAUGUUGGAUUGUAGUAAGGAGAAACCAUGUACCGGUAUUGUAAUGGGCGAUGUGAAUCUCGUCUUGGUUAACCGGCCGGCUCAGGCUUCUUGCGAUCAUGCUGAUGGAUUAGCCAACGACGUCGUCCCGUUCGCUCCUUGUCUAAAGAGAGACUAA